AAUUAACAUAAGCAAUAAAAUACAGUGCGAAAGCUGCUCAGAUUGAUAUCAUUGUUUGCAGACAACUCAAUCUUUAUUGCCCGCGUCUAUUGCUUAUCACUGAAAUGUUGAUAAGAUGACCGCUAUGUGUAUGUAGUCGACGCAUUAGAGUGUGAGAUUAUAUAGUUAAGUUUAUAUUUGUAUUUCGACUGCAGUCGCUUGAAGUACGCACAGUCAACGGGUUCGAGUCACACGCUGUGCAGUGAAAUAGCUGAGCAAAAAUAUUGUAAUAUGACAUCAACAACAGAGAAGCGUGUGCUCUCAAUACAAAGCAGCGUAGUGUUUGGCUAUGUGGGCAACAAAGUUGCUACCUAUCCGCUACAGCUGCUGGGUUUCGACGUGGACCCGCUAAAUUCAGUACAGUUUUCCAAUCAUACAGGCUAUAAAUGCUUCAAUGGUCCAGUUGCUACUGAAAAAGAGUUGGCCGACAUCUUUGAAGGUUUAAAGGGCAAUGAGCUAUUAUCGCAUUAUUCCCAUCUCUUGACGGGCUAUAUAGGCAAUCCAUUGUUUUUGCGCCAGGUGGGUGUCAUACUCAAGCAAAUGCGCGCUGCCAAUCCAAAACUCAUCUAUGUGUGUGAUCCUGUGAUGGGCGACAACGGCAGCAUGUAUGUGCCCAAGGAGCUGUUGCCUGUGUAUCGUGAUGAGAUCAUUCCAUUGGCAGAUAUCAUAACUCCCAAUCAGUUUGAGGUGGAGAUGCUCACAGGAAAGCCGAUUAACGAUGAGGCUGGUAUUUGGCAAGCCAUGGAAUGGUUUCAUGAGCGUAAAAUAAAAACUGUAGUCAUCUCCAGCAGCGAUCUUGGACAGCCUGGCAUGCUGCGCGCAUUUCUAAGUCAGCUGAAUGGACCACAGCUGGCUAUUGAUAUACCAAAGCAGGGAGACAAGGGGCUGUUCUUUACAGGCACAGGUGAUUUGUUUGCCUCGCUUUUCCUUGCCCACAGUUAUGACGGUCAAGAUGUGUGCGAGGCAUUUGAGAAAACCGUUGCCACAUUGCAGGCGGUCAUUAAGCGCACAGUGGACGCGUUGCCUACGCAGAAUGGUGCGGCGACUGCUUGCGAGCGUGAACUAAAACUGGUGCAAAGCAAGGCAGAGAUUGAGCAGCCGAAGGUGCUGCUAAAGGCACAGCGCAUCAAGUGAAGCAGAGGCGGCAAUAGCGACAAUAAUUCUUGUAUAAUCGUUAAACAAAUAUAGUAAAAAUUUAUACGUA